GGGGGAUGUGUUGUUUGACAAAUAACAACAUUGAAGGACUUUGAAGGGAGUGUGGCCGGACACGAAUGGCAAUGCUUGACGAGAUCACACAGAGCAGUGCGGAAGAUGCGACUUAAAAGGAUCUGUUGAUCAUAUUGAGAAGGAAAAGCAGAUUACACCAAUUAGGAUCGCACGGAUAUUCAACCCAAACCGCUUUGGACACUAUUUUGAAGCUGUCAGGAAGGAAAGCGGACCGAAACUGGGGGAGAGGAGGAGGGGACGGGGGGGGGGGGGGGGGUGGUCAAUCAUUUCUCCAAAUAUCUUCAUUUUCCUUUCCACCACAACCCGUGCGCUGUUCGGGCUCAUUAUUAAAAGGCGUCCACGCGUUAAUUCACUAUAAGUGGGGCCUGUAUGAAGACGUUAUUUGGCAUUCUCUGCUUUUUUGUUUUUCUUCUCACCCCGACGAAUCUGAAAUCUGAAUGAAUCGGUAAGAGAGAAGAGAGAAGUGUGCGUUUAAAAAAAAAAAAAAAAAGGAGCGAGAAUGACCCUGGAAUCCAUAAUGGCGUGUUGCCUCAGCGAGGAGGCGAAAGAAGCCAGACGGAUCAACGACGAGAUCGAGAGGCAGCUCCGCCGGGAUAAGAGGGACGCACGCCGGGAACUGAAACUGUUGCUUCUCGGCACUGGGGAAAGUGGAAAGAGCACAUUCAUCAAACAGAUGAGGAUUAUCCACGGCACCGGUUACUCUGACGAGGACAAAAGGAGUUUCACCAAACUGGUCUAUCAGAACAUCUUCACAGCCAUCCAGGCCAUGGUCAGAGCCUCAGAGACGCUCAAGGUCCCCUACAAAUAUGAGCACAACAAGGGCAACGCAAACGUCGUGAGAGAGGUGGACGUAGAAAAGGUCUGCAUGUUUGAGAAUCCUUAUGUAGACGCAAUCAAGAGCUUAUGGAACGACCCGGGCAUCCAGGAGUGCUACGAUCGAAGGAGGGAAUACCAACUCUCAGACUCCACUAAAUAUUACAUGAACGCGUUGGACCGGAUCUCAGAGCCAGCCUACCUUCCCACCCAGCAGGAUGUGUUGAGGGUUCGAGUCCCCACCACGGGCAUCAUUGAGUAUCCGUUUGACCUGCAGAGUGUCAUAUUCAGGAUGGUGGAUGUCGGAGGUCAGAGGUCGGAGAGGAGGAAGUGGAUCCACUGCUUUGAGAACGUCACAUCCAUCAUGUUCCUGGUGGCGCUCAGCGAGUACGACCAAGCUUUGGUGGAAUCGGACAAUGAGGUGAAUGAUACAAACAUGUGCACACAAAACACUAAGCGAUUCAAUUUCAAAGUUUUUGUGAUGCUUAGUUUCACACGGUCAAACCAACUUCAUCCACUCAAACGCUUUAUUAUUUCAUGCGAUGUCCAAGAUGAAAAGCUAUUCCUUAUUUAAAACAAUGGAAAUCAGACUCUCCUCCUGCCUGGCCGCGCUCCACCUUUUCUUUUUCCCUUGGAAAGCAUUUGUAAAUGAUCAGCCAGCUGAUUUGAAUACCGCCUCUGGUCGCAUCUCCUCCUUAAGAGGAUAUAGCAUGUGUGUCAGUCUGUUGAAGUGUAUUAAUGAGCAGGUGUGUCUUCAUAUGUGUGUUGUCUGUAUUUGCUUCCUUUGUCACCUGCAAACUGCAGAAAGAGGCGAAGACUGACCAGCUGCCUGUGCUCUGUCUUUUGAUGUAAUUAGAUUAGUUUUUAUAAUUACACAGGGGAUAUUCUGUUUAGCACUCUCAACACACUGCACUGUCAGCGAUGUGAUAUCUAAGGCUUGCUUUCAGAACGGUUGUUUUGUUCAAUUAAACACGGGAAUCAAGUGCAAGGGAGAAAUUAAACUCUCGAAGACGAUAUGGCCGCCUCUCUCUCAGUGUUACUGCUCUCCCUCUGGUGCGGUAAAACGUUUAUUAAAAUCGGUAGUUAAUGAGAGUGAAAAACU